CCGGCAUCGUCUCCUGUUGUUUGCAGCCAGACCUCUGAGGUCCCAGGGUGUCCCGGCCCAGGCUGGUGCCCACGCCUCCCAGCCUUGCCUCAGACCCUGCCCCCUCCGCAUCAGUAGCAUCGGAGGGCAGGCGGAUGCAGCAGGGCGUGGCUCUCGCCGGGCCAGUUUCCUGGGGACCCCAGACCAGUUCACUCAUUCUGUGUUUGGGUUCUUUACCAGCACAAUGGGUACCAUCACAAUGCCUGCCUCGGGGUGAGGGAGGGGGAAUGGGGCAGGCCGGGUGCUCAGCGCUCAGUGAAGGAUCGCUCUCCCCCUGGAACCGACAACCCCCCCCAACUCCCUGCACCCUGUUCAGGACCUUUAAGCCAGAGCUCUGUUCUCCCAGGAGCCGACGAACGGCCCACUCCAAGUCAGCUCUGCGGCCCCCUGAGAAGCCCGAGGACGCUCAAGCUGCCGUGGAAGGAAGCACCGAGUCACCUUAUUCAAAGCAAAAAUCGGACAAGGAAGUGGAGCCCACCGUCACAUUCCUGUUUACGCUCCUGAACACGCCCGAGCCCGCUGAGCCCACACUCCCCGACCCAGACUUGGAGAUCCAAGAGAAGCGGUUCCUGGAUCAGGAGGACUGGGGCUCCCAGCAGACCUCGCGGGAGAUCAGGUGUUUGCAGGAUGACUGCGCGAGGCUCCGAGAAGCCCUGAAAACCAACCAAGUGGACAACCUGGAGCUGAAGAAGAAGCUGCAAAACCUGGACCCCUGCCUUUGUCUCGGCCCCACCCCGCCUCGCAGCCCAGCCUCAGGUGACGUUGCUGGGGUCAGCUUCCCAGCCUGGCCCUGCCGCCCUCUGUUGCAGCCUGCCUCCUUGUACGAGAGCCUGAAGGCGGGAGCCAAGGCCAUCCGGGCGGAAGUGAGUGCCAUCCGGGCAGAAGUGAGGGCCGCUCAGGAGGAAGCGCUGGCCGUGCAGGAGGCCAUGCUGUCCCAGAUGCACACACAGCAGCAGCAGGUGGGGAGGGAGGGCCGCCUGCCGGGCACGGCUCGCUCAAGCUCCCUGCGUCUUUACCUGCAACCUCCCAGCUCCCGGAGGGCUGCGCGGCUCGUCCUGCUGCCCGAAGUUCCCCUGGACCACAGAGGCCAAGGUCAGCCCUGGCCAGGCCCCAGGCCGGAGACUGGACACCUCCUUGGGAAGGCUCUUGGUCAGUUAAAUCCUCCCUAGGCCCCAGCAAUAAACUUCACACUGAGCUCA